CCUGCACAGGACUUACUUGCCAGGUACCUACAUUUAAUCAGCCUUGCAUACACUCGUUUCUUCGAGCCUUGGUGCUCUCAUUCUCUCCUUCGGGCGCUCUUGCCCAACAUGUCUGCGUCAUUGCCUGGCAAUCGUGACCUGCCGGCCUCACAGUAUGAUCUGUCCACCUACUGGGGUCGUGUCAAGCAAUCGGCGCAGAUAGCAGAUCCGAGCACACUGUUUGUCUCUUCUUCGGGCCUCGAACAUGCGAAGCGAUUGGUGACAUCGUACAAGACGGGGGAGACGAAAAUCAUGACACCCGAAAUAUGGAAUGCAAAGAAGAUCGUGGACUCUACGCUUCAUCCAGAUACCGGACAGCCUGUAUUCCUCCCAUUCCGCAUGUCAUGCUUCGUCAUCUCGAACUUGAUCGUGACGGCUGGUAUGCUGACACCUAACAUGGGUACCACAGGCACGGUUGCAUGGCAGAUCAUUAACCAGUCUCUCAAUGUUGCGAUAAAUAGUUCCAACGCUAACAAGUCCUCGCCACUAUCUACCCAGACCUUGGUUCAGAGCUACCUGCUAGCCGUAUCAGCAUCUUGCUCGGUUGCUGUCGGGUUGAAGUCCAUAGUGCCCCGCCUCAAAAGAGUGUCGCCCAAUGCAAAACUCAUUCUGGGACGAUUGGUCCCUUUUGCAGCUGUGGCUUCCGCCGGGGCGUUGAACGUCUUCCUCAUGCGUGGCGAAGAAAUACGCCGAGGCAUUGAUGUCUUCCCCAUCCAGUCAGAGGCCGAAAAGGCCGAACGAGAAAAGAAUGGAAAGCAAGUUGAAAGCCUCGGGAAGUCCAAAAAAGCAGCGACAUUGGCGGUCGGUGAAACGGCCAUCUCACGCGUUCUCAACGCGACGCCAGUAAUGGCGAUUCCACCUCUCGUUCUUGUUCAGCUACAGAAGACGGACUGGCUCAAACAGCGGCCAAGGAUGGUACUACCCAUCAAUCUAGGUCUGAUUCUGACCACGAGUAUUUUUGCCUUGCCACUGGCUCUCGCAGCAUUCCCACAGCGACAGGCGGUAAGUGCCAGAAGUCUGGAGAAAGAGUUCUGGGACAAAGGUGGACAAGGCGGUCUGGUCGAAUUCAAUCGUGGCAUCUAAAGUUUCUGGCUAGAUGGAUGCACAUUCAGCGAUAGCCUUCCUGUGGUGUGGGGGUUCUGCUAAGGCGUACGGCGCCUAAAGAGUUCAAAUUCCAAAGUCAUGGGCGCAUUAGAGAGCGUAGCACUGGUUGAAGAGUGCCUCGGGAGGAGACAGGCAUUUUUGUCAUAAUAAACGCUGAACAUGGACUACACAUGCAGCGAUGCGAAUCGUGUACCAAAUCAUGGCAAUGACCAUUCAUUUGUAGUAGAUGUCCAAAAUAUAGGCCGCGUUCCGUCUGAUGAGGCGCGUGCGGCAGCCUUGCGGCAGCCUCGUCACCGCAUAUAUCCGCCGCCAAGGAAUGGUCUUUGGGAUACCGA